UCCAUUCAUACCUGCAGGACCUCGCAAUCAACGUGCCGUUAACAUCAGCAUUAAGAUGGCGGAAGAAUCAUACGACGUGAUCAUCGUUGGGGGCGGUUUCACAGGGACUUACAACCUCUACAAGCUCACGAAGUGCGGUUUCCGAUGCAAGUUGAUUGAGAAAGGGUCGGACUUCGGUGGAACGUGGUACUGGAACAGGUACCCCGGUGCACGUGUGGACACCUAUGUCCCCGGGUACGAGUUUUCACUCGAGGAGGUGUGGAAGGACUGGGAGUGGAAGGAUGCCUAUCCGUCCGGAGAAGAUCUGUUAACGUACUUUGCACAUCUUGAUCGCAAACUUGGCUUGCGUCCGCACUGCUUGUUCAACACCACGGUCAAGAGUGCGCACUGGAACGAAGGGACGCAUUCGUGGGAUGUGGUCGCCGAGGGCAAUACCGGGCUAUACAAAGCGAACAGCCGUUACUUCAUCUUGGGUGUGGGAAAUUUGGCGGUACCAUAUGUACCCAAAAUCAAGGGGCUGGACAAGUUUGCGGGGAAAUGGUCGCAUACAGCGCGAUGGCCAAAAGAAGGUAUCGAGUUCCAAGGUAAACGGGUAGGCCUCAUCGGAACCGGGGCAAGCGGCGUCCAAAUCGUCCAGGAAGCUGGUACCAAGGCCCGCCAGCUCACCGUCUUUCAACGGACGCCGAACAUGGCGGUACCUAUGCGGCAACGCCCCUUAAACUCCCAAGACCAGCUACUUGCGAGCGCCUCGUAUCCGGACUUUCACAGAAAGCGUCGACAGACCUUUGGAACGUAUGAUUACGAUAUGAAUGGUCGCGAAACGCUCGAGGACACGGACGAACAAAGAGAGUUACUCUAUGAGGAGCUAUGGACCUUGGGAGGAUUUCGCCCGUUUCUUGGAGGGUACACCGACGUUCUCAAGUCGCAACAUGCUAAUGACUUGCUAUAUGCGUUCUGGAGGAAGAAGGUAUCUGAGCGAAUCAGCGACGACAGGAAGCGUGCUAUCCUCGCACCCGAAGUCCCACCGCAUCCCAUAGGGGCAAAGAGAGCCUCGCUUGAGCAGAACUAUUGGGAAGUCAUGUGCCAGAGUAACGUUGAUCUUGUAGACAUGAACGAGGAACCCAUCAUCGAGGUAACGGCCACGGGAGUCAGGACGACGAAGCGAGAAUACGAGCUCGACGUCUUGGUAUUGGCGACUGGAUUCGACGCAUUCACAGGAGGCUUCUUCCAGAUCGAUAUCCGAGGCGAAGGCGGCAGGACAAUUCAGGAACACUGGAAAGAUGGAAUCAGAAGCUACCUUGGGACGUCCAUCGACCAGUUCCCGAACCUAUGGUACAUCUAUGGUCCCCAUGGCCCGGUAGCGCUGAACACAGUGCCUGUUGUCGUGGAGAUCCAGACCGACUGGCUUGCGACUUUACUCGAACAUCUACGGGAUCGCAGUGUCACCAGGGUGGUCGCAAAGACUGCCGCUACAGAGACAUAUGGCCGUCAUGUGUCUGAGAUCGCGCCUCCGCUGCUGCUAAAAGCCAAUAGUUGGUACUUGGGUGCAAACAUACCUGGCAAGAUGCGGGCAGUCCGUGACUAUAUGGGUGGAGUUCCCGCGUACAUCAAUGAGCUUGCAAAGGAGGUUGAGGAAGGGUAUCCAGGCUAUCAAACGGAGUAAGGAACCGAUGCAUCGAACCACAUUCUGCGUUUUCAUUGCAACUGCGCGUGGUUACAUCCGCAUAUAUGUAGAACGCUGUAUAUCUGUAGUCUUAGUCCUGUAACCUUGUCCUGUUGGGUGUGAUAGAUGUGAGCAGUGAGAUGA